AUGAUAAUCUCGCGAAUAUGUCGAACCGACAAUGAGAUUAAGAACUACUGGAAUUCUCAUCCAAAAGCACCAAGAGCGGCGAAGAAAAGAAGCCAGCAGUCCACAAGUGAGAAGAGGAAGCCCAGGAAGAAGAACGAGCAGAGUUCCGGUGCAGCUGCAAACCAAGAGACAACAAAGACAAAAGUGUAUCUUCACAAGGCUGUAAGGGUUUCUCCAUACUUCCUUGCAAUUAGUAACAUGGGUUUGGAGAAUAUGGCAGCUGGGUCGUCCUCGUUAUCCAGCCAUACAGAAGAAAACACUACUAAAGCAAAUGAUCCAGAAGUUACAUUGAAUGACUCUCCAGCUUCAAGCUGCCCCCUCCUCUAA